ACGUGUGUUUGUGUGUCAGUCAGGGUGCGAGGCAUGCUGGUGUGAUAGCGUUUAUCACGCUUGAGCAUGAAGUAGUGUUAAACUCUGUCAGGGUAGUUUAGUGUGUCUAACCCGUCCUCCGCCAGUGUGUGUUUAUGUGUGUGUUUAAUACGAGUGUGUUUUCCCUCCUCGUGAGUAUUUCUUUCUGGUGUGUGUUGCCUGUCCUAAUUCAAAGGCUGAUCGCACUGACUGACAGAGACGAAGGUGCCGGGCAGUAGAUGUUCAUCUUUGAGGAAAAACACCUUUGGGGGGAAAAGAGAGGGGGAGGAGGAGUGGGUGGUGAGUGUGGGUGAAAGAGAGAGCGAGAGAGGCAGAGAGAGAGACAGAGAGAGGUAAAGAGCGAGAGAGUGAGAGACAGAGCGACAGGGAGACAGAGAGACAGAAAGACAGAAAAAGACACAGAAAGAGAGACAGAGAGAUAGAUAGUGAGUCAGAGAGCGAGCGAGAGAGAGACAGACACAUAGAGAGCGCGAGAGAGAGAGAGCGAGAGAGAGAGAGACAGAGAGUGAGAGAGAGCGCACGCGAGAGAGAAACGCACUAUUGGGCAAGUGGAGGACGCAAAGUGGAUGCAGCCGAAGCAGAGAAAGUGCACGCGCGCAAGUCCGAGUGGAUGUAUUACUGCUACGGACAGACAGACAGACGGACGGAGCAACACAUGGAAGGAAGUACGCUGAACGCGGACAGAGCGAGCAUCUGCAUCCCCGGGUGAGAGAGCGGGCGAGCAAGCGAGCGAGCGCCGCGCCGCAGUGAGGCGGGCGACUGGCACGAGGAGUGUGCGAGCACAGCCGAGUGAGUGUGCAAGUGUGGAUUUUUUUUGCGUGUGUCCCGCUGUCCCGUGUCGUGGUUCGCAUAGUCUUCAGACUUGAUGCGUGCGUGCGCGCCCCCGUCGGCAACAUUGGUAUUCAGCGGACAGGAGCUCGGCGAUCUCACUGCGCCUUUCCCCAGGACGGGAUCACAGAGCGGGAAUUGUGCGAGGCACCCGGAGCCCCCUUCCGAUGGUCUUCUCCAGAUGUGAAGAAGGUGGACGCAGAGCGCAACGGCAGAGCACAGCCUGGGUGACGGCUUGCUAAACCGCUAGCGGCGCAAUCAAGGAGGCCCCUCGGAGGAGUCCGCCAUCCGGUUCGCCUGUCGGGGAUCAUCGCAGAGCAAAUAGGCCGCAGUGAUGCCCCGGCGAGGCGGCAGCGCCUUCGGACAUGUCCGGACCUAUCCCCCGGAUAUCCUGUUGAGAUUGCAACAUUUGGCCGCCGAGCUUCUUUUCCACAAGGAGUAAUUGAAAAUCCACUCCUCCCCCUCCUCCCCACCAAGAAGACUUUGUGUCCCCGUUCGCUUGUCAGGGCAGAAGGAGAGCUCAAUUUUAUAAGGAACAAUUUCAUCCCACUUUUUCCCCCGCCCCCUUUUAUCUUAGCCCGUAGUUUUCUUUUCAUCGAGAUAAGGCACGGGGUAAUUCUUUUUCAUCCUGAUGGAGUAGACUGUCCAAAGAACAUAACGAGCAGGUACAAAAGCGAGAGCGACAAAUUAAGCAGCUUCUUGUUGCCGUGGACGCGCUGGAGAACGGGAGCGCAUAGAAACUUGCCGCUGGAAAGAUGACUCGGUAGACGAACAAACGUGCCGGGCAGUCGACUCAUUGUCAUUCUGAGCGUCGUGUGAAAGAGGAAGUAGGAAGAAUAAAAGGCAUCGCGAGGAGGGGAGGCGACAGCGGCAGCCCUGUUGUUUUUGCAGCAGGCCUGCCCGCGCCAACAGAGCAGGUGGAAGGCAGGAAAGAGAGCAGGUGUGGCCAAGCCUCCUCUUCAUCUGUUUGCUGUUGACCUUUUUGCCCCCUCCCACCCCCAGUGCCCCCCCAUCAAUCCGAGGGAUUAUUUUUGUUUCAUCGCUCAAUAAAGACGGAAGCCUGCAAAUUCCUUCAUCGUGUCCAUUGCACGCGCCCCUGCCCUCGCAGGUCCUAAGUGACACACCAUGCGGCCCUGUGGCCCCCUCUCGGCCGCCCCCCUUGGCUGAAGCGCUCAGAAAGCUCAGAUCUCUGUGCCAGAUCUCCCCCUUCUUCUCCUGCUGUGACGCUUCUGAUUGCCGUCUUCAUUCCUUCUGUGGCAGUACAGGCAGCCAGCAGACCGUUCUCCAUGAGGAGCAGUAGAAGAUGCCGGCUCUGCCAGCACUGCUGCUGUCAAUACACUUGCUGUCCUUCCUGCUGCUAGCCAACAUGCCGCCACGUUCGCUCUGUCAGACUCACGUGCUCUCUGCCGUUCGCUUGGCGGCCAUUUUGGAUGACCAGUCUGUGUGUGGGCGCGGCGAGCGUCUGGCGCUGUCGCUGGCCAGGGAAAACAUCAACAGCCUGAUGGAGGGCCCGGCCAGAGCUCGAGUGGAGGUAGACAUCUACGAGCUGCAGAAAGACUCCCAGUAUGACACCACUGACACCAUGUGUCAGAUUCUACCCAAAGGUGUGGUUUCGGUGAUCGGGCCCGCCUCCAGCCCCGCGUCCGGCUCCACUGUCAGUCACAUAUGCGGUGAGAAGGAGAUUCCGCACGUGAAGAUCGGUCCAGAGGAGACGCCCCGCCUGCCGUACCUGCGCUUUGCCUCGGUCACCUUGUACCCCAGCAACGAGGACCUGAGUCUGGCCAUCGGGGCCAUCCUGCGCUCGUUCAGCUACCCGUCGGCCAGCUUGCUCUGCGCCAAGGCGGAAUGCCUGCUGAGAUUGGAGGAACUGGUGCGGCGCUUCCUCAUCUCCCGCGAGACGCUGUCAGUCAGAAUGCUGGAUGACAACCUGGACCCGACCCCGUUGCUGAAGGAGAUCCGUGACGACAAAGUCGCCACCAUCAUCAUUGAUGCCAACGCCUCCGUCUCCUACCUCAUCCUCAAGAAGGCGUCAGAGCUGGGCAUGACGUCACCGUUCUACAAGUACAUCCUCACCACAAUGGACUUCCCUCUCAUGAGGCUGGACGACAUCGUGGACGAGCAGUCCAACGUGGUGGGCUUCUCCAUGUUCAACACCAGCCAUCCCUUCUACCUGGAAUUCAUCCGCAGCCUCAACCUGUCAUGGAACGAGGGCUGCCACCUGUCCUAUCCCGGCCCGGCGCUGUCGUCGGCGCUGAUGUUUGAUGCAGUGCACGUGGUGGUGGGGGCGGUGCAGGAACUCAACCGUAGCCAGGAAAUCGGAGUGAAGCCGCUCAGCUGCACCUCACCUCAGAUCUGGCAACACGGGACCAGUCUUAUGAACUACCUGCGCAUGGUGGAGUACGACGGCCUGACGGGACACGUGGAGUUCAACAGCAAAGGUCAGAGGACCAACUACACCCUGAGGAUCCUGGAGAAGCACCGAGGAGGCCACAAAGAGAUCGGGAUCUGGUUCUCCAACAACACCCUGGCAAUGAACUCCACCAGCCUGGAUAUUAAUGUGUCGGAGACGCUCGCCAACAAGACCCUCAUUGUCACCACCAUUCUGGAAAACCCGUACGUGAUGCGUAAGGACAACUACCAGGACUUCCUGGGCAACGAGCAGUACGAGGGCUUCUGCGUGGACAUGCUGAGGGAGCUGGCUGACAUCCUCAAGUUCUCCUUCAAGAUCAAGCUUGUGGACGACGGGCUGUACGGCGCCCCCGAACCCAACGGCUCCUGGACGGGCAUGGUUGGAGAGCUUAUCAACAGAAAAGCCGACCUAGCCGUGGCGGGUUUCACCAUCACGUCGGAGCGGGAGAAAGUGAUUGACUUCUCCAAGCCCUUUAUGACCUUGGGGAUCAGCAUCCUCUACAGGGUUCAUCUGGGUCGUAAGCCAGGUUACUUCUCCUUCCUGGACCCUUUCUCACCGGCCGUCUGGCUCUUCAUGCUGCUCGCCUACCUGGCUGUGAGCUGUGUGCUCUUCUUGGCUGCAAGGCUGAGCCCUUACGAGUGGUACAACCCUCACCCGUGUCUGCGAGAGCGCCGGGACAUGCUUGAGAACCAGUACACGUUGGGCAACAGCUUGUGGUUCCCCGUCGGCGGCUUCAUGCAGCAGGGCUCAGAAAUCAUGCCCAGGGCCUUGUCCACCAGAUGUGUCAGUGGAGUGUGGUGGGCGUUCACUCUCAUCAUCAUCUCGUCCUACACGGCCAACCUGGCCGCUUUCCUGACCGUGCAGAGGAUGGAGGUCCCCAUCGAGUCCCCUGACGACUUGGCCGACCAGACCAACAUCGAGUACGGGACCAUUCACGGAGGGAGCACCAUGACGUUCUUCAUGAACUCUCGCUACCAGACGUACCAGCGCAUGUGGAACUAUAUGAACUCCAAGCAGCCCAGCGUGUUCGUCAAGAGCACGGAGGAGGGCAUCGCCCGCGUGGUAAACUCCAAGUACGCCUUCCUGAUGGAGAGCACCAUGAAUGAGUACCACCGCGGCCUCAACUGCAACCUGACGCAAAUUGGAGGCCUGCUGGACACCAAGGGCUACGGCAUCGGCAUGCCGCUGGGUUCGCCGUUUCGAGACGAGAUCACGCUGGCCAUCCUCCAGCUGCAGGAGAACAACAGGCUGGAGAUCCUGAAGAGGAGGUGGUGGGAGGGAGGGCAGUGUCCCAAGGAGGAGGACCACCGGGCCAAAGGCCUAGGCAUGGAGAACAUCGGCGGCAUCUUUGUGGUGCUCAUUUGCGGCCUGAUCAUUGCCGUGUUUGUGGCCAUCAUGGAGUUUGUAUGGUCGACACGCCGCUCGGCAGAGACCGAUGAGGUGUCUGUCUGUCAGGAGAUGAUCACCGAAUUCCGAAACGCUGUCUCCUGUAAGAAGAGCGCCCGACUGCGCCGCCGGCGCCCGCUCGGCGGCUCGGCAACGGCCCUGCGCCACCCCAGCCGUAUCACCAUGGGAGCCCCACGGCCCUUACGCCUGGUCCGUGAGAUGCGCCUCAGCAAUGGCAAACUCUACAGCGGAGCCGGACCCCUAACGGGCGGCGGAGGCGGCGCGGGGCCGCCCGAUCUGGGCCCGGGUCCGCAGCGGCUCCUGGAAGAGCCCCUCGGCGCCAACGCCACACCUCCCCCACCGGCGCCCACCCCAGUCAUGCUGCCCAGCCGCGGUUGCACCCACGUGAGGAUCUGCCAGGAGUGCCGUCGCAUCCAAAGCUUGCGAUCAGACGGCGGUUUGGCGUCGACCGUCACCAGGAUACCGCCAUCAUCGGCGCCCCUGCCGCGGCUGCCCCCGCCGCCUCCCCCGUCUUCGUCCAAUACGGACAGCGAGGGUGGCGGGGGUCCCAGCCCCAGGCGGCUGCAUAGUCCCCCGCACCACACCGCCCGGCCCAUUCCUCUUCAGCAGAACCUGAACAAAGCGGACCUACUGGGGGACCAGGCCUGAGAGUCGAACCAAAAAAAAAAAAAACGGUCAGUUGAAAGGAUGGGGGGGGAUAAAAAAAAAGCGGCUACAAAACCAUGUAAACUGGAACCCGUUGUGUGGUUGACCUUGAAGCCUGCCUCGCAUGCGCUUUUGAGCACUCCCAUUUGGACAAAGACUGAUGAUGGAAGUGCUCAUGGCCAGAUCGAGCUUCUGAUUCUUUCCCUCACGUGAGCAAGGAUUUUUUUCUUUUCUUCCACAGACACUUCCUGGAAGCUAACCGCCCUGCUCACUGUACAACGUGUUGUACCUGUAUGCCCUUUGAAAUCAACACAGAAAGACUUCCUAAGGAUUAUUCCAUGUUUUGUUCAUUUUUUUGUCUCGUUUUGUUGCCGUUUGUUCGAGUGGGACUUCAAUUAAAAGCCUUCUAUGUGACGAUUGCGGUGCUUCGCGACAACAAGAAACAUGACUGCGGCUAAUUGCGUUGGAGAGUUUUGUGUCCCUCCCUUCGUCGCUCUCGGAAGGAUGGAAGACUUCGGUCUGUAGUUCAUUCUUGCCGGUGUGUGCGCGUCUUCAAAGAGUGUGAGGAGAACUCGUGACGAGCAGCAUUCUGUUAGUCGAGCGGGAGACUUCCAAAUGGGAAAUGAAUGUCACUCUUUAUCGGGCUCCCUUCCACGGGAGAUAGAAAGUAUGGCAGAAAGAAGCUUAAAAAAACAGUGAGGACUUUAUCCACUGCAAUUAGAUGGGUCCUGAUCCUUUAAUUCUGGGCAUCUUUUUAAAAGGGGUUUGUUCACACGCCAGCAAGCUGUGACUGCAGCUCCAGACUUGGCCGUCCGGCUCGGAGGCCGUCUGCCAGAGCGAUCGUCGAUAGCGUUUCAAGCUUUUGAUUGCCUAACGACUCCCCUCGCCCGGCCGAUGGGGAAGCGUGUCAGAACGUUGCCCGUUGGAAUGGUGGCAUACCGCUGACUGGAUGCAGAGGGAAUACGUUUUUAUCAGUCGCUGGGGCCAAACGACGACGCUCUGUUUUUUUCCAUCGCGAGCUGUUAAUGUCACAGGCACUUUGGUUUUGAGCAAAACCCUCAAGCGGUCGAUGCGCUUGAAAGUUUGCAACGUGAACGCUCGCUCGAUGAGGCAAAAGCAGAACAGCCGAGUCCCCGCUUCAGCCCGUGAAAAUCAUUUGCUCAGCUUGACUUUCAAUAGCGGUGACAUUUUAAACAUCUGUCAAUGUCUGUCUGUUUUUUUAUGCUAAAUGGAUGUUGCCAUGGUUGCUGCCAGUCACACAUUUGGGGGAAUCUGGUUAACUUCAAACGGUUUCAAAGAACUGCAAGACCUCCUUGACUGCUAAGCUAACGGCCUGAAGCUAAACGCCAACCCUUUAACCAUUACCUGCCAACCACGAAACCAAGAGCGCCAAACCCUUUAAAGGUCUCCCACCAACGGCAUGAGCAAGUUGCUACCCUUAAAUGGGUUAGCAGGCGUAGUUAAAGUUAAAAGUCCCAAUGAUCGUCACACACACAUCUGGGUGUGGUGAAAUUGGUCCUCUGCAUUUAACCCAUUCCCGUGUGAUUUUAAUCCAUCCCCUGGGGGAGAGGGGAGCAGUGAGCAGCAGCGGUGCCGCGCUCGGGAAUCAUUUGGUGAUCUAACCCCCCAAUUCCAACCCUUAAUGCUGAGUGUCAAGCAGGGAGGCAAUGGGUCCCAUUUUUAUAGUCUUUGGUAUGACCUGUUUGAACCCACAACCUUCCAGGCUCAGGGCGGACACUCUACCACUAGGCCACUGAGCUGGUCACUAGUUGGCCAAGCCCUCAAAUUUAAUCGCUUAAACUCUAAAAUCUGACAGCCUAACUAUGCCACCGCCAACUCAGAUUGAUCCCCUGUAUCAUGCCUACUCACCAAAGCCUCUGCUAGCCUGAACCUUAAUACCUGACCCCUUACCCUUGCCCCAGAACAACCGACCCCAAGGCCGUCGAUCCUUUACCCUUUGAUCAAAAUUCGAGUCUCCUAACCCCUUCCAAACCACAGACAUCCUUCAAACCUGUCCCCGAGUACAAGAUGACAAAAACCGAAUGUCUCUCUUCCGUCAGCAAAGGCCCGAUCGUCAGAAAGAUUAGUGUCAACGAUUAUUUUAGCCCGAUCUGUUCAGAAAACAAUCGCUAGUAUAAAAAAAACUAUUUGAAGGAUGGACUCCUUGGUUGUGCUAUGCUAACACUUAGCCUAGCUUUUCCUGUUCAGUCCACUUUGUCUUUUUGGAUUUUCUGUCAGUUUGGAUGACCUGUGGCACUCUGCUGCCUCUGUCAGGUCAUUCUUGGUACUACAAAUUCCCUUCUUCUGUGUGCGCUGUUGCUCAUCUCGAGUCCACCAGAGGCCGAGAGCUUAAAGUGCGGCAAUUUUUCUUCUCAUGCUGCUCUCUGAUGUUAGAUGUUCAAAGUUGUAAUGUGUGUAAGGGUAGGCUUCAUCUUGGAUGUCAAGAAAACAAAACCCGUUUUCCGCAAAUCACAGCACUUUGAGAACAGCCACCUUCUCCAAGAGCGUUUUGCACACAGUGCUCUUUGUGUAGGUUUGAUGGCCUUUUGUGUUCUCUUUCCAUUUCUGUGCCGGCAUCAAACCAACACCAUGAUGAAGCUAUCAAGAAGAUCAAACAUACCGUCUGUGAACUACGGGCUCAAUAUGAAAUGCAAGAGGGAGGGAGGGAGGCUCACAAAACAGAAGAGUCUCAGGCGGUCACUCACGCAAAAGGGCGGGCACUCUCUUCCUUUUGUUUCUUUCUUUUGGAUGGAAUUUGUUUUCAUAUUUCUAUACUAGUGCUAAAUGGAUUAUUGGAUAUUCUGACGACAUUGUCGUCACUCUUCCUGUUGCUGAACAAGAUGUUUAUUGUGUGUGUGGGUGAUGGCGGCAGGAGAGAGGAGAGAUGAAGUCCCUUGGUCCGCCCCGUUGUGCAAAGCUCAUAGACAGAUCCAACUUGUUUUGCAAUAAAAAUAUUCAAACAGA